UGCCGCAGGUCCGUUCUUCUCCGGUAAGACCUCACGGUCUCCAUGGAUCUUCCUCCCUAUCACCACCAGCACCACCGUCACCAUCACCACAGGUACGUUCCACCUCCUCCAAACUUUUCCCAUAACCCUAAUUUCUUCCACCACCUUCCUCCGCCGCCGCAGCCGCCACAGCAACGGCUUCCACCACCACCACCACUCUCCAAUCUCCCUCCACCACCACCUCAGCGCCAUAUCUCUCACCCCCCUCUUCCUCCUUCCCCAUCCCCUCCCUUCCACCACAAAUCCCAGUUCUCCUUUCCUUCUCGUCAUUCAGAAAACCCUCGAUACGAUUAUCACCAAAAUCGCUCUCCCCUUAGGGUUUCCUCUAAUAUAACCCUAAAUCAACCUCCAUACCAGCCCCCUCACCCGCAUCCCUCAAGUUUUCAUUAUAACGACCAUUACCAUAACCCUCCUCCUCCUCCUCCACCGAGGUUUACUGUGAAUGAUUUUACCUCAAGUGGGUUGAGAGAGAAUCGUGCUAGCUCUGUAAACGAUAGUCAAGAGCCUCUUAGGGUUAGGAGAGAUGUGAAUAGCAAGUAUGAUGAUGAUGAAAGGUACCGUCUUGAGAGGCGUAGAAUGGAUAUUGAUACAAACCCAUCGAGGGAUUUUAGACCGAGUCCGGGGAAUUAUGAGUUGCGUGAUGAUAGAUAUGAAGAUGAGAGAUGGGAAUAUGGUGGUAAUGUUGAUGAGGUUCCAGUUGGUUCUUCUUCUAGGCGAGUGUCUUCCUUGGAUAAUGGUAAUGAUUACGGUGAUGUUAGGUUUAGCAAUAGGUUAAGAGUGGACAAGGAGGAAAUUCAUAGGUCUCCGCAGAAGAAGCAAGUGCAGAAGAAGAGUGCAUUACUCAGGAUUCAAUGUGGGAAAGCUAACAACAGGAGUAGAAAUCAGGACCAUGACUUGAGUUCUGGUGCGGUAAGGGGAAAGCAGAAAGAUGUGUUUGAGAGGUUGGAGAGAAGGGUUGAGGAAAGAGAGGGAAGUCAGAUGGAGCUUGAUGUUUCAUUUAAAUCUAAUGCACUUGUAGCAAAGGCCAUUAUGACCCCGUCAAGCUCCGCCAUUGACUCAGACAGAAGUGAAGCACCUAGAUGUAAGAAGAUUAGAAAAGUGAAUUUCUCUGGUUCUCCAACAAAGAGAAUUGGGGACGAUUUGGGAAAGGGUAAUGGUUCAGCAAAUGAUUCUGGUUGCCGACCAAGUUCUAACCAGGAGUUCAAUUGUUUGGCAGAUAAAAUUACGGUUUCUGCAGUUGGAAGUUCAUCUAAGUGCACUUUGGGUUCUUACAAGGAUUCAAGACACUUGGCAGCUAAAAUUACAGAUUCUGUUGAUGGACGCACAUCUAAUGGUACCUUGAAUAACAACGAGUCAAAACUUUUGCCUGAUGAAGAUACAGUUUCUGUUGCUAGUAGUCCAUCUAACAGCACUUCGUUGCUGAGUUCCACUGUGACAAAUGAUUUAACUGGAAUCAAAGAAAGCAAGGAAUCUGCAGAGAUCAAGGUUUUGAAUCAGGGUAGUAAUCAUGUUGAGAAGUUUAGAAUACCUUUCUUCAUAGUUAGAAAGAAGAAAGUGACUAAGAAGAAAGUCAUAAACCCUAUCAAUGUGAAAUUGCCUUCAGAUGAAGUAGUUAGCAAACUAGAAAAACCUUCUAAACUGUCUGCUGUUAGUAAAGAUGAGUCUGUAGAGCAGUCUAAAUCUGAUGGGAAGAAAGCUAGUCCAGCUAAAGUCUUGGUUUCUUCAAGCGUGGACUCUGAAAUUAAUGGCGUUGCUGAUUAUACCAGCAGAUCAGUUCAGAGUGUCCCUUCCACGAUGAAUUUUGAGACAUGUAUGAUUGAAGUACAAAACAAACCUACUAGUUCUGAUGCGGAUAAUACUGGUCAUGUUGGAGGGAAUUCUGAGGAUGAGCUCCGAGUGUCCGAAUAUGGUCCUAUUAAAGAAUCUUCUGAGUCCAUGGCUUGUGAAGAAAGAAAUGGCGAUGGGAGAGAAAUUCACAAAGAUGAAGUGUCUUCGUCAACUGAAGAUACAUAUAUCUCUGCUGAUUCUGGGUUGGGGUUUUCUGAUGGGAAGAAGAAUGCAGUUGCUGCUAUAGGAUCCUUUGGAGCAGGUUCUGUGGAGCCAUCCAGUGACCCCAACAUUGUACCUCUGUUGACUAAUAUUGAGAAAGGACUCCGAGAGAGUUUCUUGAAUGGAAAUGACAGUAGUUCUAAUUCUGAUGAGACUGGGAGAAUUGCGGUUGUCAAUGACUUGCAAACUGCAGAGUGUUUGAGUAAUAGUGAUCCAAGGGCUGGUACUUUUGGCGGUAGUUUUGAAUCAUGUGUUGAUGGAGUCACAUUGUCACCUGAGAUGAGACAUACUAAAGGAUCUAUCAAUGCAGUGGUUUCUGUUGGAGAUGAUGUUAGGAUUAUUGUGGAUGAUGACUGUUUACCUAAGGUCACCAGGAAGAGGAAGAUUAUGGAUGAUGAGUCUGUUUUGUCCACUACGAAGAUGAGUAAGACAGGGGAAAAUGUGGUUAGUUAUUUGCUAGGCCAAGGUAAUAAUUUCAGUUGUUUUAGAGAAGAUCAUGCCUCUGAAGAAGAGGAUGGUACAGUUUCUGGUAAUGGGACCGACUCACUAAAGGGGGAUCACUCACAUGGGGGGCCUUCAGAAGUGGAGCUGUCACUUCAGGAUUGUUUUAAAGAUGAUUCCGAUUCAUGUUCUACCAAGAGUCCCAAGAAAAGUGAAGUUUCUUCGCCAGCUAAGGUUAAAUCUGUACCCUGUGUUACCACCUAUGAGGAACCUUCUAGCAGGCCAAUUACAGUGCCUAUGAUCAAUGAUGUUUCCGUGACAGAGUUAGAAUCUCGAAAUACAUUGACCAAUGUAGAUGAUAGUCCACUAGCUCGUCCAUCAGUCAAUGUGCUUGAGAGCAGCAGUACUGCCAAGGGUGUAUGUCAGGCUGAGCCAUUUGAAGAUGGCUUGAUGGAUCACUUUUCAGAUGUUCAGCAAGUCAUUCCUCACAAUUCUCAAUUGGGAGCAGUGGGACAAGAAACUACAACUUCAGUUGUGUCCAUUGAGAUGCUAAGAAUGGCUGAUAGAGUAAGUGAUGACAAAGGUUCCUCUGUUGGAAUGGACCAAAAGUUGGCCCCAGAAGGUCAUGAAAGCUGUAAUUAUGUGCUUGACAGGGAUGACAUGCCUUUAUUGGCAGAUAAUCUCUCUUUAUUUGCCAACAAAGUAAGUGUCAAAAGUAUGGAAUCUGUGCUGGAUAUGUCACCGCUGGUGUCAUUUCCUGACUUAACUAAUAGCUCAGUCUCUGAGGAACCUAUUGAUAAGUCAUCAAUGUCCAGUGAAAUUGUUAUUGAAAAAGCCCUAAGAGUUGAUGAAAAUUCCAUAACAGCUUAUGACAAUAUUUCUUCUUCAGUGAAGACAUCGUCAGAUGCUUUUGAGUUUGGUAGAAGUUCAGAUCAUAAAGUUGGUGGCGAUCCUCUGGUUAAUGUCAGUACUGUGGCAUUAUCAUCACAGAACACAGUAAAGUCCUCCAAGAAUGUGAGUUCACAGGGUCGGAAACCAAAUGUAGGUGCAAACCAGCAAAGUCCUGCUGGCUCUAGGGUUUUAUCUGUUCGCCCAUCGAGUUUUAUCACUCUAAGGAAUGUGCCCGUUCCGAAGAAGCCACUGACAUGGCAUAGAACUGGUAAUAGCUCUUCCUCUGUUGUUGGACGAGGUUCCCAAAUGAACGCCCUACCUCCACAAAGCCAUUUAUCUAAGGACACUGCGAAAGUCGGCUCUUACAUUCGCAAGGGUAACAGUCUUGUCAGAAAUCCUUCUCCUGUUGGUUCCGUUCCCAAAGGAUACCAUGCUCCAAGUUCUUCAACUUACCGGUUGAACUCUUCUGGUGUGAAUGACCUUAGGAGAAAAUGUGAGAACAGGGCUGAGAUAACUGGUUCACCUAGCUGCAGGGGAACUCCAGAAGUAAAUGCUCCUUCAGAGAGACCCAAAACCCCGACACAGAGCGAAUCAUUUAGUUGCAUUACAUUGGUGUCUACAUCUUCACCAGUGGUAGAUCAUCCUGGAAAUGGUAGUAUUGCUACAAACUCAGAUCCUAUGGAAGUAACUGACAAUAUUUUGGCGCUGAAGCCUUCUGAGCAUCCUUCAACAUCUUCUGCAGUUCCUGAAUGUCAAAUUGGUCUGGGAGGUGAUUCUGGAAGCCAGAAUACAUUAGAUGAAGGCAGUUCCAAAAAGAAUAUAGUUUUUGUGAAGCAAAGAUUGAAUCAGUUACUUGCAGCUUCAGAUAAGACCCAGACUUCAUCCAAUGGCUACUAUAAGAGGAGAAAGAAUCAACUGAUUCGUGCAUCUGGCAAUAAUCAUAUGAAGCAAAGAAUUGUCAUGACAAAGAAUAUAGUUCCUUUCCAAAGAGGUACGAAAAGGCUGAAUGGUUUAGCCAAGACCUCUAAAUUGUCAAAGUUCUCAUCGGUCUGGAAAUUAGGUGAUACUCAGUCAUCAAGGAAAUAUGGCGGCACUGUAGAGUAUGAGAAACUUUGGCCUUACUUAUUUCCAUGGAAAAGAGCUAGCUAUCGGAGGAGUUUCCUGAGUUCCUCUCCAAGUGACAAUUCCUCUAUUAUCAGACGGAAGUUACUGCUCUCAAAAAAGCGGGAGACAAUCUACACAAGGUCAAUUCAUGGACUCUCUUUACGAAGAUCUAAGGUGUUAAGUGUCUCUGGCUCUAGUCUAAAGUGGUCAAAAUCUAUUGAGCAAAGGUCAAAGAAGGCUACUGAGGAAGCUGCGCUAGCAGUUGCUGCUGUUGACAAAAGGAAAAGGGGACAAUAUGGUUUUAAUGCUGACUCAAUGAAUGGAAAUAAUGUUUCUCGUAAGUUUUAUAGUGUAAAGCUGCUCCCAGGAGAAAGGAUAUUCCGCAUUGGUUGUGAGCGGUAUAAGAUGGACUCUUCUGGGAAGACACUACAAAGAAUUUCAGAUGAGGAACCAUCGGUGUCAGUUCCAGAGGCAAAGAAAUCUUACAUACCGAAAAGAUUAUUGAUUGGGAACGAUGAGUAUGUACGGGUUGGCAAUGGUAAUAAGCUGGUUAGAAAUCCAAAGAGACGAGUUCGCAUCUUAGCAAGUGAGAAAGUACGCUGGAGUUUGCACACUGCUAGAAUUCGGUUGGCAAGAAAGAAACAGUAUUGCCAGUUUUUUACAAGGUUUGGCAAGUGUAACAAGGAUAAUGGAAAAUGUCCUUACAUUCAUGAUCCAUCUAAAAUUGCCGUCUGCUCUAAAUUUCUGAAUGGUUCUUGCUCUGAUACAAACUGUAAAUUGACUCACGAGGUUAUUCCUGAAAGAAUGCAAGACUGCUCCUAUUUUCUGCAAGGAAUAUGCGCAAAUGAGAAUUGUCCUUAUAGACAUGUAAAUGUGAAUCCAAAUGCUUCUAUCUGUGAAGGUUUUCUCAGGGGCUAUUGUGCUGAUGGCAAUGAGUGUCAGAAGAAACACACCUAUGUCUGCCCCGUUUUUGAAGCAACUGGCAACUGUCCCAAAGGUUCAAAAUGCAAGCUUCACCAUCCGAAAAACAGAAGGAAGGGAGUGAAAAGGAAAGCUUUGAGCGAAUUAAAGAAUGGUCGAGGUCGUUACUUUGGCUCUCCGCACAUUGAUAUUACUGAGUGCAUAACAGCUGGAUCAGAGAAGCCUUCUGUCAAGGGGAAUAAUGACAUAUUCCUUGAAGGGAAGUUUGUCGAUUUUAUUGGCCUAGAUGGUAGCGACGAAGAGGAACAUACUAUUGAUCAGAGAAGUGAGGAAAAGCCACUUUGCGAGAGUGGUCCCGCAGAGAUGCAACUGGAUGAUCUCGAUGAGCUUAUUAAACCCAUGCGUCUGAUAAAUAGGAAUAGGUCUGUAGGUUCAUCUCCCUAUAUAGAUAGCCCAAGUGAUAUGACCACAAGCUAUGUAUCAGAGUAGCCUCACCAUUGUAAAUGAGGUUGUGUAAUUAGGUUUAUGUAGUCUUCUGCUAGUGCAGAGCAAUUUUUUUUUCUUUUUAUCUUUAGGCUUUUAGUUAAUUACUUAGGUAUAGGUCUUAGGAUUAGGCAUAUUUUUUGUUUCACAAAAUCUGUUGUGUGAGAUAGAACAAGAGAACUGUUGUUAUAGUGAGAAUUAAAGGAAAUGAAAAUUUCAUCCCCUCUAUACAAGUCUUUAUUGGAAGCUGUUUCA